AUGGAAUGCAGUGGCGACACAACCACCACCAGGUCCACCACUCCAUCGUCAUCAUCUCUUCCUCAAUCUCCCCCAAGUUUUCCUCCCUCUGCUCCACCACCAGUCAUUCUAAGCCCUUGUGCUGCAUGCAAAAUCCUCCGUCGCCGAUGUGCCGAGAAAUGCGUGUUGGCACCGUACUUUCCACCAACUGAGCCGCUCAAGUUCACCGUUGCCCACAGAAUUUUUGGAGCUAGCAACAUCACCAAGUUGUUGCUGGAACUUCCCGAGUUUCAAAGAGCUGAUGCAGUGAGCAGCAUAAUUUACGAAGCAAACGCCAGGAUUCGAGAUCCAGUUUAUGGUUCCACUGGAGCAAUUUAUCAGCUUCAAAAGCAAGUUAGUGAGCUACAAGCAGAAUUGGCCAAGACACAAGUGGAGCUCUUCAACAUGCAACGCCAGCAAGCCAAUUUGCUAUCCUCAGUUUGCCUAGAAAUGUCACAACAUCAAGAAAACAUGUUACAAACACCUUAUGAAAUUUCCAACUACUUCAAUGAUGAUGGCUAUCUAUGCAACACUACAUCUUGGGAACCCCUUUGGACAUGA